AUGGCAAAUCACUUCACGAGCACCCCCGAAGCUCUUCUCGGAAGAAACGACUCCAAAAACCCGUCGACGACUUGCAAAGGCCUGACGAGCAAUGGACGGCCAUGUCGGCGAGCGUUGGCAGCUCCGAGAGCCGCCAGUGGCCGAAGGAGGAGUUCUGUAUCUGCACUGAAUGGCGUUGUCGCAUUGGUCGAGGAGGACGGCGAGGUCGCUGAAGCGGACUUUUACUGCUGGCAGCACAAGGACCAAGCAGAAAGGCUUGUCGCACAAGAGCAGAAUGGCGCAGGAAAGAGGGCCAGCAAGAAAAAGUCUACUGAGCUGUUCCCACUGCAGGAGCGGAGCAGUAUUGAUACAUUGGUUCAAAAAUUAGGCAUUGAAGCGGUGUCUGAGAAAGGUCGGAAGAACAGGAAGACGAGACCAAACGGUGGCAUGCGGCCGCCCAAGCGUACAGAUACCGCCGACUUUGCGCAUGCACGACCUGGCGACGAUCGACCAGCCAGCAGUCAAGGUUUUUGGGCUUCGUUAUGCUGUGCAGCCGCAGAUGACGAGGACUAUGUGGAGAUCGUUCGACAUCGCAAGCGGAUGCAAGAGAACAGCAGGCCCCAGGCAGUGACCACAAUACCACAAACCACAGCAUCACCUCAAGGCAGGCUUUCGGGGGCACCGAUGCCUACUCGCAAACCAGUGACAUCGGCACCAGUACGGCCGAAAGAGCAGCGCGUCUCGUCCAAUCCUCAGACUGGACAUCUACUAUCUCUAAUUCCUCAGCAUUUGUCCCCACAGACCACGUCGAUAUUACUAUCAGAACUGAUUAAGCCCAUAAGUCCGGCAGACGAGGAGGGUUACAUCUACAUAUUCUGGCUGACACCAGAGUCCAAGGCCGCGCCAGCAGAGUCAACAGCACGUUCGCUACUUAUUCCACCCUCCGAUCGUCCAAGCAAUGCUCGACGAAUUAGCGAUGUUAUGACCGAAUUUUCGUACGAUGGAUCCGGGGCUAGGGCAAGGAGUAUCGACUCGGGCAAGAACACCAUUAUGUUGAAGAUCGGGCGAGCGAACAAUGUCACUCGUCGCAUGAACGAAUGGCAGCGGCAGUGUGGGUACACUUUAAAUCUGCGGAGAGAAAGUGGCAUAGUGCGCAAGGUGCCUUUCGUCAAGCGUGUGGAGCGUCUCAUACACCUGGAGCUUGCGAAUCAGCAAGUGAAGAAGCAGUGUCUCACCUGCGGCAAGGAGCACAGGGAAUGGUUCGAGGUCGAAGCCAGUCAAGAGGGAGUGAAAGCUGUCGAUCAAUGCGUGCGUCGAUGGGUAGACUGGGCUGAGAAAGAGGCGAGGAAAUGA